AUGACAAAAACAAGCCCAGAUCACGCAUUUGUGGAUGACCCGAGAAAUGAAAACAUUAAAAUUGGUAUCCGAAAUGGAAUGUCUAUGAAGUUCGAAAUAUUUCACAGAGCAGAGGCAAACAUUUCAGUUUUUGAUUCCUCUGUUCUCCUUGGAGAUGGAAUUUGGGAAGGAAUGAGAGCAAAGUUGGGAAAUAUCCAGUUUGCAAAAGAGCAUCUUAAAAGGUUGUACGAGAGCGCCAAUGCGUUGUGGAUUGACAUCGGCAUAACACCUAAAGAGAUGCUCCAGCUGUUGUACGACACAAUAGAUGCCAAUGAAGGAAUGAGCGAGGACACUAAUGUGCACAUUAGAUUGGUAGUCUCUAGGGGACUCAAAAAAACUCCGUAUCAAGGUCUUUCAGCUAAUAUUGGCAAAGCUACGAUUAUCAUCAUUCCAGAGUACAAAAAAAUUGACCCCGAUUCUCAAAAGCAAGGGAUUAGUCUUAUCACAAGUUGGGUAAGAAGGGGUAACUCGGACACGAAAGACGAGCAGUGGAAUCAUUUGUCAAAAGCGACUGAUGUAUCAGCCAGUAUAUCUGCCAGUAUGGUGGGUGCUGAUGGCGCUCUGAUGUUGGACAACAACGGUUUUGUGAAAACGUGCAACGCAACGAACUUCUUCAUUGUGCGGGAUGGUGAGCUUUGGACUGCCACGAAAGAUAAUAUUAUGCGUGGUAUUACCCGACAAAAGACCAUUGACUGCGCAAAGAUAGAAGGUAUUACGGUGAGAGAGACCAAUUUCACCCUUACAGACGUAUAUAACGCUGAGGAAGCCUUUUGUACUGGCACCUUCGCAGGGCAAGUGCAUGUGAAAUCCGUCGAUGGCCAUUUAAUUGGCAACGGCUGCUCUGGUCCAUUGACCAAAAGGAUCAAUCUUAGAUAUGAACAAAUGAGUCUGGAGAAUACGUCUAGGUCUAGGCUCUCAACACUUAGUGAAAUAUAA